GUUCCCGGGCGGGCCUGGCGCGGUGUGCGGCGCUCGCGCUCGGCAGCCACACAAAAGAGCGGCUGCGGCGGCGGGAGCGGGAGCGGCACCGGCACCGGCACCGGGAGCGGUACCGGCAUCGCGCGGCUCCGCGUAAUCGCUCAGAAAUGAUUGUCAUAUGAGGAGUUGGCUAUGGCAAACAGGAAACACCAAAGCACUACAGCCAGCAUGCUGGAUCACAGAGUGAGAGCUUGCCCUACUUCAUCUCACAGCAGAGAGCCUGAAAAUGAAGAAAGUGACCUUCCUAUUGAAGAUUAUGCAGCAAAAGAGGCACAACUAGCAACUGUCAGACAAGGCAGUCUUCCGCUCGUGGAACAUGAGUGCAAUGACCACAGUGGGGACGGGGACUCCAGCUCUGACUACGUCAAUAACACCUCCGAGGAGGAGGACUACGAUGAGGGCUUGCCAGAGGAAGAGGAGGGGAUCACAUACUACAUCAGGUACUGUCCAGAGGAUGACAGUUACCUGGAGGGAAUGGACUGCAAUGGCGAGGAGUAUGUUCCCCAGGAGGAACACCACGUUCAAACAGAUGAAUGUCAGGAAGCUGUGGAAGAGUGGGCUGAAGGUAAAAUUCAGCACCAGGAUGGAAGCGAGGUGAUGGACAGGCAAGAGUGGCAGGAAGGUCAGGAUAACAGCGUUCAGAUUUUGGAGGAUGAAGCGUCAUCUUUGGAGAUUCAAGACCAAGAAGAAAACAUACAGUACUGUCAAAGUGAAGGUGACUAUCUGGACUAUUACCCAGCAGAGGCUAAUGGCAAUUCACAGGGAAUGUCACCGUACCAUUCCAGAAAAGAGGAUGCAGAGCUGGAAGAGCAGGAAGAGGACAUUGACCAGAUUGUAGCAGAAAUCAAAAUGAGUAUGAGCAUGAGCAGUAUUAACAGUACAACAGAAAUGAGUCCAGAGCACACGGGGACUGAAAACAUGGCACAUGAGUGCAAAGAGACUUGUUCAAAGGAAGAAGCUGUUCACAGUGCUAACAGGCAUGAGGGGAGGCCAAAAUCACUGAACAUCCCAUCUGCCUCGAAGCACAGUGGAGAUGUGCAUCGAGGAUUUAAAGCCAAGUCAAGAACCCCAGAGGACAGACAGAAGUGGCCCCAAGAGCAGAUGUGCAAUGGUUUAGAGCAGCCCAGGAAGCAGCAGCGUUCAGACCUCAACGGGCCGGUUGACAAUAAUAACACACCUGAGACAAAGAAAGUGUCUUCCUUUCCAAGUUUUGUUGAUGUUCCAGGACCCUGUGAACCCGAAGACCUCAUCGAUGGCAUCAUCUUCGCAGCCAAUUACCUGGGCUCCACUCAGCUGCUUUCGGAGCGCAACCCCUCCAAGAACAUCCGCAUGAUGCAGGCGCAGGAGGCCGUCAGUCGGGUGAAGAGGAUGCAAAAGGCGGCUAAAAUCAAGAAAAAAGCGACUUCAGAGGGAGAUUCCCAGGCCUUGACUGAAGUGGAUCUGUUCAUCUCCACACAGAGAAUCAAAGUUUUAAAUGCAGACACACAGGAGACGAUGAUGGACCACGCGCUGCGCACCAUCUCGUACAUCGCCGACAUCGGCAACAUCGUGGUCCUCAUGGCGCGGCGCCGCAUGCCCAGGUCGGCUUCCCAGGACUGCAUUGAAACCACGCCUGGGGCCCAGGAAGGGAAGAAGCAGUACAAGAUGAUUUGCCAUGUCUUUGAAUCAGAGGACGCACAGCUGAUUGCUCAGUCCAUCGGUCAGGCUUUCAGUGUGGCUUACCAGGAGUUUUUAAGAGCCAAUGGAAUUAACCCAGAGGAUCUCAGUCAGAAAGAAUACAGUGACAUCAUCAAUACCCAGGAGAUGUACAAUGAUGAUCUCAUACACUUCUCCAAUUCAGAAAACUGCAAAGAGCUCCAGAUAGAAAAACAGAAGGGAGAAAUUCUUGGGGUAGUGAUUGUGGAAUCUGGAUGGGGAUCCAUUCUCCCCACCGUUAUCCUGGCUAACAUGAUGAAUGGAGGCCCUGCUGCCCGUUCAGGAAAACUAAGCAUUGGAGACCAAAUCAUGUCCAUUAAUGGGACCAGUUUAGUUGGCCUACCUCUUGCAACAUGCCAAGGGAUCAUAAAGGGACUCAAGAAUCAAACACAAGUCAAACUGAACAUUGUCAGCUGUCCUCCCGUUACAACUGUCCUCAUAAAACGGCCAGACCUAAAAUACCAGCUGGGCUUCAGUGUACAGAAUGGAAUUAUCUGCAGCUUGAUGCGAGGUGGAAUAGCAGAGAGGGGAGGGGUCAGGGUAGGCCAUCGGAUUAUCGAGAUCAACGGCCAAAGCGUCGUUGCUACGGCUCACGAGAAGAUCGUACAGGCAUUGUCUAAUUCAGUAGGAGAGAUACACAUGAAGACUAUGCCAGCGGCCAUGUUCAGGCUUCUAACUGGGCAGGAGACCCCACUGUACAUUUAGCAUUUUCCAUCCAAGCUGAAGCUGUCAUAGCUGAAGAGAAUUUUGUAUUUUGUAUGAAUGAAAGGCUUGGAAGCUGACCUGAGGACUCCAGAACAAGGAACACACAGGUGUCUCUGCUUCUCUCCUUUCUAUUUCUAUGACAAAAGUGUUGAGAAGGAUGGUCAAGGACAAUAAUCACUGACAAAAAUCUUUGUAAACAUUUAAGUAUUUUGCAACAUCUUCUAAAUCCUUUUCUCAUAGAAGUUAAAACAUAUUUAUUUGUAACCUUUAUGUGGAGUGAUGUAUGUCUGUCUUGUUUGAUAACACAGUGAAUGUGAAUAUUUGAUGAAUGAGACUGCAGGAAAUGGCAAAGAGAAGCAAUUAGAAAAAGUUCUGGCUGCCUCAAGUUAAAAAAAAAAAUCCCAGUCCCAUAAAGUGGUCCAAUACUGAUGACUUUGCAUAAUUUUAAAACUGGUGCUGAAUAGGUGGUAUUUCAGUGGAAAGGAAUGCGUGCAGUUAAAACUUUUAGAUUCUAAUGUAAAGAAAACCACUGUAGUACUUGGUAUUGUUAUGACAAGUGUAACCUGUUUGGCAAGGUGUGAACAUAAACAUGUAACAAGUGUUUCAUAUGCUAAAUAAAGAAUAAUUGCCACAAGAUUAAAAUCAAAAUAUUUAUUUAGAUACAUAUUUAUUUUUAAUGCUUGUGAUUUUAUGAUUUAACAGAGUUAUUUCACGGAUAACUUAUUGCACAGGUCGUGUACUGUAUGUGUUGGGCUGGGGUUUUUUUUCCUUUAAUUUUUGCAUAUUACUUUUUUGUUCAUAGUAGCUUAAAAUGGGAAAGCCAUGCUUACCUGUUCCUGUCUUUUAUAAAGCAUUCUUAUUCCUAAGGCAAUGUGUUCUGAAUGUAAAUUGUUUUGACAAAUAACCUAGCACCAUCAGCAGUAUUAGAAUGUGUGUAGAUAACAAACCUAGUAGUAAAGUUGUAUUCCUUAUGAGAUAAAUGUUAACUGGUGUAA